AUCUCUGUUCUCUAUGUAGUCUGAGUCUAUUGACAUUUAAUCCAUUAGUCGGCUGCUGCGCUACUUGCCUUGAGUAUUGUUUAGUUUGUCGUUUCCACAACAUCAAUGGUACCAUUUUGAGAAUAAUUACGUGUGUUAGAUUGUUUACUUUGAUUGUGGUUUUCAGUUUUAUAAUUUUUACUGCAAUUACUAGGUUUAAGCUCAUGAAAUGAGAAAAACUGAGAUUUCUAUAUGACAUACAAAAUGUUCAAUUGAGCUCAACCAUAAUUUUAACACCUGUUAAUUACAGCUUUUAGAGUGAGAUAUCGGAAUGUGUUAUUUGCAUAAGUGUAGUGAUGGUGUUUGGAAUGGCUAGUGAAAAGUGAAGUGCAGUGGUUAUUAUCCUCAAUUAGACGUCAUGCCACAAUUACAAGACAGUCCUCUUCUUUCACUAUCCCAGGUAAGACGUUUCCUGGAACUAUGAACAUACAUUUUUGCUUAGAGAUAUAAAUCACAAUAUAGCAAUAACAAAGACCAUGGCGUUAUAUACAAUGUAUGCUGUUAAACGGUUGAAUACUGCACAAUUUAAUAAAUUAGGUGCAUUGACCACAAGCUACAUAUUUUCUCUAAAAUUCAACCCAUUAAUAUCAAGGGCCCAGUCUUUUAAAGUUUUCUCUUCAGAUGAAAAUAGUUCAUUGUUGUCGAGAAUGUUGUUUAAAUCUUCAGUGAACGCUCAACUUUGCUUCAGUGAAGAUAUUAAAGUGCAAACUUCUGCUAAACGUCUUCAGAGAAGGAAAAUUUCAGAAGAAGAAGUGGAUAAUAAGAAGACACCAGGAACGUGGCAUGUUUCUGCUUAUGCAACAUCAGAGGAGUACAAUCUUGAAAAACUAAGGGAAGGAUUAAUAAAGCAAAAUCUAUAUAAACCAACAAAUACAGCGGUAGACCCAUUAACAAAUGGUGGUGCAGAUGUAAUUCAUGCUGUUGCAAAUUACCAGUUGUCUUCAGAAUUGAGGCAUAUAUACUUUUUUAGAGAAGGAUCUGUAGUAUUUUGGAAUACACCCGAACUUGAAUGCAUUAGUGUUUUAGAUUUCUUGAAACAAUACCAAUUUGGAUCAUACAAUAGGAAGUUAGUGUUAGCAGAACGAGAAAUCAUGACUUAUUCUUAUGCAUCCUCAAAUAAGAGAAGCAUCUUGGAUAAUAAUAAAUUCUGUAUCAGCUCAGGUGCAGGAGUAAAAGAGCUUGAAAUAAAUCUUGACAAGUUCACUCUCUCUAAUGCCAUGUCAUUAUCCGUGAAACUUGGUAUCUGGGAAGCGUCUUUAAAUAAGUAUAUCGAUUCUAUAGAGUAUGUAGUGGAAGAUUUAAAGAAUGGUAAAGCCUUAAGAAUUUCCCGCAAAGAGGUCACACGUAAAACUGGGGAACUGUUUGCGUUACGGCAUUCAAUCAAUCUUUCCUCAGAUCUUCUAGACGUGCCAGACUUUUACUGGGAGAAUGAUGAGCUGGAAAAUCUCUAUUUGCAACUCUGCAGUUACUUCAGUAUAUCUCGGCGCACAAGAGUGAUGAACGAAAAAUUGAAUCACUGCAUGGAACUAGUGGAACUUCUGACAUCACACCUCAGUGAUCGUCAUCAUGUUAGACUGGAGUGGAUGAUAAUAAUACUUAUCAUGAUAGAGGUUGUCAUUGAAGUUCUUCAUUCAAGACAUUAGCAAAUAACCUCCGUUUGCUACACUUUUAGCUCAUCUAUAGUUAUUUAAAGAAGGUAAACUUAUUGCAAUAGGCCUUAUGAUUAUAGUGUUUGUAAUUUUGUCUUCUUAAAACUUCUAGUAGUAACUUAUACAUUUUUAAUCACUGGUUUACAUAGCCUUGUGAUUAAAUUUAGUCUUAUACCUUAUUGCAGCUUAAUCACCAACAGAGAUUCAGAAUUUUUUAUAGUUGCCAUAAACUUUGUUGCAAAUAAAACUUUUGUGUCACUGAUAAAUUUAUGUUUUUGGUAGUCUGUUUGGACCUGUUUUAUUGAUUACUUAAUAUACAUCAAAUUCAGCAUAACUCAUUUUCUAAAAUUCUUUGAAAUAGGCUACGUAGCUAAAGCCGGACUAGAACCAAGAACUUGGGUAUCGCAUACAUUUGGUGUGAAAUAUUGAAAGCAUGUUAGGUUUGGGAAAACUAAGGACUAAGAAUUAUUUUAUACUUUUAGAAAUAAUUUUCUUUGUUCUUCCCUAAAUAUAGGCUACUUUCUAAUUGUUAAUGAUCGGUAGAAUUGCAUAAGUGGUGCCUGGUAUGUUUUAUCAGUAUAUGGUAUAUUGGUACAGUUUCAUGAAAUGUUUUUUAUGUGACUUUCAAUACAUUAUUUCAAGAAUUUAAUUUAUAACUAACUUAUAUCACCUAAAUACAAACAGCUCUCUUAAAGGUUGUUAUAAAAUUUUCAAUCUUAUGAUUAUGCUGACCAAACAUUUGUUGUGAUUGAAUAUUGAAUUAAAUAAGUUUUUUGAAGAAAUGCCUUGUAUUGCUUUUAGUUUUUAUUUGAAUAUCAGAGCUUUCCAUUAUUAGUUUGCUUAUUUCAAUUCAUUCAUUGUUUAUCUCUCCAUUAACCUUAUAUUUUCCAUUUAACAGAUAUUUAUUUGCUACACUAUUACUACUUUUUAGCUUAGUGCUUAAGACUAUUCAAAAGCAUAUAGCUUAAACAAUGAUAUUUUUUUUAAAGUUUCCAAAGUUAAUUAAACAAAUAAUUGGCUCAACAGUUAUCCAGGCUUCAAGGCAAUAAAAUAUUAUUGGGUACAUUUCAAUGUAGCCUAUUUACCUUUAUUUGCUUUUUGUUGUGGUAUAAUAUUUCUCUUAUAAGUAACUUUAUCAUGCCCUUCCCAAUUAAAAAAGUAAUUGCUUAUAUGACUAAAAUAAGUUUUUACCUCUUUGAGAUCUGUACUUUUAUUUUGUUAUUGUUUGUUAUAUUUUUGUGUUACUUCAGUCAUAAAAAUAUGUAUUUAAAAUAAACGUCGAAUUUUUAAAUUCUUAUAACAUGUUGGAACUUUAAUGGUAUUCUUUUAAUACGUUCACUACUGACGAUGGUAAACGUCUCUUUUGGUGCUCAAGUCAUGUAUAUGUAACGCCUUCCUAUCUGUUUCUCACUAAUCAAUUGGUAGCUUAGUUGACUAGCAUAUUGUCAGUCACAGGCUAGGGCUGUGAAGGUUGUACAUAAACUUACUUUUUAGUCUCAACUUAAAGAAAUAAAAUUAAAGUUUCCUCUGUGGCAAUUAAUGAGUCAUUCGAUUUUGGUUUUUAUUCUUAAUAAAACGUUUUGUUACAGAAAUUGCAUUUAAAUUGAAUAUUGUGUGUAUCAGAUUAGUCAGAAUGUUUCAAAGUUUAAUUUGAUGUAUAGUUUAAUGAAUAGUAAUGCUUAGUAGUUAUAAUUGCGAUUAUUCAAACUUAAUCAGAAAAGUUUUCUUAUAAUUUUAGAUUCAAAUAAGUUAAAUGAAAGAAUGAUUCUAAUUUAAAUUUCUAAUAAGAAUUCCUUCAUUUAACUGUGUUAAGUUUCAAUUCCACAUGAUUAUGUUUCUUAAUGGAUCUAAUUUUCUUUUCCAAAGCUUAAAAUCUAAAAAUAUGUUAUCAGUGACAUUUACAAAUAAAAUAUUUUAGUAAGUCAGUGCAAGUCAGUAUAGGUAAACAGUUGCAAAUAAGUAAUUGUAUGAUGAAAUAUUGUACAUUUACUAACCAAAAGAGUUUGUCAACUGAAAAUUCAUUUAGUGGACUAUUAUAGAAGUCGAAGUCUGUUAUAACAAAUAUAUAUAUAUAUAUAUAUAUAUAUAUAUAUAUAUAUAUAUAUAUAUAUACAUACAUGAGGAGCUACUAAUGAAUCCACUGUGAUUUUAUUAUUUGGUAUAAUAAUAGUAGAGUAAGUAUUAAAAUUGUAUAAACAUUUAAGAAAUCUCGAAUAUGAAGAUGUAUGUUACUUUUUGGGUGAUGUUUUUACUUGUUUUAAAAUUAAGCAUUUAGAAAUGUGUAUGCUUCUGUAAAAUUUUCUGAUACUAGAUAAUGUGUUUGCACAAGAUUUGUGACCUGUAAUUAUUACAUUGAUUGUCAAAACUGAAUUGUUUAACAAUGCAAGCCUUAAUGUAUUGAAAUAUUUUCUAUAUAUUAUAUUGUUACAAGAUGUACACAAGUUGUAGUUAUAUGGUAUAUAUAACUUGUACUAGAUGUUUUCUUAUAUUAUAUUUUUAAAUUUUGUAUUUUCGUAUCAAACUGAUUUCAAUUAAUUAUUAAUAAUGUUUAUGGUGUUAAAUUUAAGGUAACACUGAAAUUGUUAAUUGUAAUAUAUACAAUUUAAUUUUUGUUUUAUUUGAUUAUUAAAAAUAAAUGUUUAACAGUAAA